AUGUCGCGAUUUUUCCGAGGCCGGGACGAUAGUUCCAGCGACUCCUCGUCUGACGAGGAAGAUCUCUACUCCGAGGAGGAGGAGCUAGAGCAGCAGGAGGAAGAAGAAUCAUCCGAGGAGGAAUCUUCCGAGGAAGAGGAGGAGGAGGAGAGUUCAGAUGAAAGUGAUGGCGAGGAGGCGAAGAAGGGUGCCUCCCGUUUCUUGGUUGGCGAUGAAUCGGAGAGCGAGGAGAGUGAGGGCGAGGCUCGAAAAGUUCUAAGUGCCAAGGAUAAGCGGUUCGAGGAGCUUGAGGGAAUCAUCAAGCUUAUUGAGAACGCGAAGAAGAUUGAUGAUUGGGGUUCCAUCGCGACAGAAUACGAUAAACUGAACCGACAAGUCGUCAAGCUCCAAGAGGCUGGAAAGGCUCCCAAGACGUACAUCAGAGCGGUUGCUGAACUCGAGGACUACAUGAACGAGACCAUCGCGAAGCAAAAGGUCACUCCCAAGAAGAUGAACGCCACUAGCGCCCGUGGAUUGAACGCCGUCAAGCAGAAGAUCCGAAAGCAGAACAAGGAGUACCAGGCGCAAGUUGAUGCCUACAGGGCCGAUAAUGAUGCGUUUAUGGAGUCUGAGGAGGAGCAGGAGGUGAAGCCCGUGGUCAAGAAGUUCAAGGCUGUUCAGCUCUUGGACGAGACUACCGAGGUUGCCGACGAGGAGGGCUUCGCCCCUGUCGACAGGCGUGGCAAGGCCGUCCAGUACACUCCCGAGAGCAUCUUCAAGCACCUCCGAGGCAUCAUGGAGAGCCGUGGCAAGAAGAACACCGAUCGGUUGGAGCAGAUUAAGGUGAUGGAGAAGCUCCUCGAAAUUGCCAACACUCCUUACCAGAAGAUUCGGGUCCUCCUCACGAUCGUCUCCACCAGGUUCGAUCUCGGCUCCGGCGCCGCCACCUCCAUGCCUCUAGAGCACUGGAAGGCUGCCGAGAAGGAGCUCUCGCUCCUCCUCACCGUGUUGGGUGAGAACCCCGACUACGUCGUUGUAGAGAACGCCGAAGAGUGGGAUGACGAUGAGAAGCCCCCGACCCUCAAGGAGGGCGAGAAGUACAUCAAGGUUCCCGGAAGUGUUGUCUCGUAUAUUGAGAGGCUUGACGAUGAGCUCGUCCGGUCGCUCCAGAGCAUCGAUCCCCACACUUCGGAGUACAUCGAGCGACUCCAGGAUGAGGGUGACCUUUACAACAUCAUCUUCCGCGGCAUGCUCUACUACGAGACCAUUCGCAAGGAUGAGUCUCUCAAUGUCCCUCAAGACAGUAUCAACCGUAUUGUCAUGAGGCGGUUAGAGCACGUCUACUUCAAGCCUGCCCAAGUUGUCAAGAUUAUCGAGGACAACUCCUGGGCUGCGGCUGGCAAGGAUGUCGAGUCCACCAUCACGCCCAGAGCCCAGGUUGCCGACCCUACCGAUCUCGUCCAAGUGCUUUCCAACUACCUCUUCAACAACAGCGAGGGUAUCAUCAGGGCGCGUGCCAUGCUGUGCCACGUCUACUUCCUCGCUCUCCAUGGUGACUACUACAAGGCGAGGGAUAUGUCUCUCAUGUCCCAUCUCCAGGAGACCAUCCCCAACUUCGACAUCCAGACCCAAAUCCUCUACAACCGAACCAUCGUACAAGUCGGCCUCUGCGCUUUCCGCAAGGGCCUCGUGUACGACGCUCAGAACACUCUCCAAGAGGUCUGCGGAAGCGGACGGCAGAAGGAGUUCCUCGCCCAGGGUGUCAUCAUCCAGAGGCACAGCCAGAUCUCUCCGGAGCAGGAGAAGCUCGAGAAGCAGAGGCAACUGCCCUUCCACAUGCACAUCAACUUGGAGCUUCUAGAAUGCGUCUACCUUACGUGCAGCAUGCUUCUUGAGAUCCCCCUCCUCGCUCAGACCGGCUCCUCUCCCGACAUAAGGAAGCGAGUCAUCAGCAAGACGUACCGCCGCAUGCUCGAGUACCACGAGCGACAAAUCUUCACGGGGCCUCCCGAGAACACUCGCGACCACGUCAUGCAGGCGUCCAAGGCGCUCGCGGCGGGCGAGUGGAAGAAGGCCAUCACCUUCAUCCACAACAUCAAGAUCUGGGACCUGAUGCCGAACACGGACGACAUCAAGGCCAUGCUCGCCAAGCAGAUCCAAGAGGAAGGUCUCCGGACCUACCUCUUCACGUACGCGCCCUUCUACGACACCCUCUCCGUAUCCACGCUCAGCGAUAUGUUCGAGCUAGACGGCGCCAAGGUAUCCGCCGUAGUGAUGAAGAUGAUGAGCCACGAGGAGCUCUCCGCGUCUCUCGAUAACACCGCCUCCACCAUCAUCUUCCACAAGGGCGUCGAGCUCAGCAGGCUUCAGGGUCUCUCGCUCGCGCUUUCCGACAAGGCCAGCGCCCUCAUCGAGACCAACGAGAGGACCCUCGAGCAGAGGACGCAAGGGUCGGCCAACGCCUUCGAGAGGCAAGGCGGCCGCGGCGGAAGGGGCGGUGCUAGGCAGGGACAGAGGACGGGACGCGGCGGGGCCCGGACGGGCGGACAUACGCAGCGCCAGGCGGGCGGUACGCAGUUUACUGGUGGGGCGUUGGGCGCGGCGGUACGAGGAUGA